CCGCCCACUUCCAGCGGCUCCCGCCGCAACGGCGGCUCCAGGCCACGAUGGCCCCUCCGGUGCAUCUGAUGCUGGCGAUGAUGGCGGGCGCAGCGACACGUUGCGCAUCGAGAUGCUCGGUGCUGGACAAGAAGUGGGGAGAAGCUGCUGUGUGCUGACGUAUAAGGGCAAGACGGUCGUGUGUGACGCUGGCGUACAUCCUGCGUAUACGGGACUCUCGGCUUUGCCCUUCGUUGACGAGUUAGAUUGGAGCACCGUUGAUGCACUUCUGAUUACGCAUUUUCAUCUCGACCACGCCGCGGCUCUGACAUACAUCAUGGAAAAGACAAACUUCAAAGACGGCAAGGGCAAAGUGUACAUGACACACCCAACCAAGGCCGUUUACCGGUUUCUCAUGUCGGAUUUUGUGCGCAUCUCCAAUGCUGGCUCGGAUGAUCAGCUGUUCGACGAAGGAGAAAUGCUUGCCUCCUGGCGCCAGAUCGAGGCGGUGGACUAUCACCAGGAAGUCAACAUCUCAGGCGGACUGAGGUUCACACCAUAUCAUGCAGGCCACGUCCUUGGCGCGUGCAUGUUCUUUAUUGAAAUUGCCGGGCUCAGGAUCCUCUAUACAGGAGACUAUAGCAGAGAAGAGGACAGACAUCUCGUCCAAGCAGAGGUACCACCUGUUAAACCAGAUGUACUCAUCUGCGAGAGCACCUACGGCACACAGAGCUUGGGUCCAAGGCUUGAGAAGGAAGCAAGGUUUACAAAUACUGUCCACCAAGUGAUCAAACGCGGCGGACGCGCGCUGCUUCCAGUCUUUGUUCUGGGGCGAGCUCAAGAGCUUUUGCUGCUCCUCGAUGAAUACUGGUCCAAGCACCCGGAAUUGCACAACGUGCCGAUAUAUUACGCCUCCUCACUAGCCCAACGUUGCAUUCGAAUAUACCAAACUUACAUCCAUACCAUGAACGACAACAUUCGCUCGCGCUUCAACAGGCGAGACAAUCCAUUUGUGUUCAAGCACAUUUCGAAUCUGAAGUCGCUGGACAAGUUCGAAGAUAAAGGCCCUUGUGUCAUGAUGGCGAGUCCAGGACUGAUGCACAGUGGUGUCAGUCGAGAGCUGCUGGAACGCUGGGCACCCGAUCGCAAGAAUGCCGUAAUCAUUACUGGUUACAGCGUCGAGGGCACGCUGGCACGGACGAUCCUAAAUGAGCCCGAGGAGAUCGUCAGCAUGUCUGGCCAAAAGAUCCCGCGGAGAUGUACGGUGGACUACCAAUCCUUCUCUGCGCACGUCGAUUACGCGCAAAAUAGCAAGUUCAUUGAUGAGGUCAAAGCGAGCCACGUCGUGCUGGUGCAUGGAGAGGCGAACACGAUGAGCAAGCUCAGAGCGGCGUUGCAGAAACGCUUUAAGGAUCGAAAAGAGGAUAUUAAGGUCCAUACUCCUAGGAACUGCGAACCGCUCCAUCUGACCUUCAGAGGAGAUCGAACUGCCAAGGUCAUUGGCUCGCUAGCGAAGCAACCUCCCGCACCAGACUCGACGCUGACAGGUUUGCUCGUCUCCAAAGACUUUGCAUACACCGUGUUGGAUCCGUCCGACUUGGCCGACUUUACUGGUCUCAGCAUGUCGACCAUCAUUCAGCGACAACGGCUUGCGUUGCAUGUCAGCUGGCCGCUCGUCCUCUGGCAUCUCACUGGCAUGUUCGGCAAGAUCGCUGAGGGUGUGGACCUCGAAGAUCAUCCAACUGCGCGUGUCAUGGACGCCGUGGAUGUCAAGCGCACGGGCAAGUACGAGGUCACGAUGGAGUGGGUCAGCAGCAUUCCAAGUGACAUGGUUGCGGACGCUACGGGCGCGCUUUUGUUGGGCAUCAGCAGCAGCCGUGCGAGUAUCAAGAUGACAACCAAGCCACACGCCCAUGUGCAUGCUGAUGGACAUGACGAUGAGACUAGAGCUGCAGGUGCGAAGGCAGAAGUGGACGAGGUGAUGGGAGAAUAUGAUGAUGGCGAAGCUGCACCUGCUGCUCCGCAUCCUUACAGCGAGGCAGCAGCCGAGGCGCGCAGGUCCGAAUCAAACCUGAAGAGUCUCGAUGCCGAGUCACCAACUGAAGCCAGAGCUACGUCGGCCAGCAACGGCGGCAACAUCAACAUGGACUUCGUAACCGCCGCCACAAUCUUGGCGCGGACAGAGACGAUUGUCGCGUUGCUGGAAGCGCAGAUCGGGCCGGUGGAGGAAAUGAUGGUGGGGGAGUUGAAGCGCGCAAAAGCUGAGCCGGAAGAUGCAUGUCCUGCUGCCUUUACUUCUCUCGAUGGCGGCGGCACUGCAGGGUUUCCAAGAGCAAUAGCGACCGGAUCUCUGAACGGUAACGGAACCCCUGGCCCCGAUCCAGAUGUAAGAGACAAUUCUGAGGACGGCGCCGCUCCUCCUGCCCAGGAUGAUGAAGAGGGUCGAUAUAUGGAGCCGCGCGCUGCCGCUCUGGAACCCAUCCAGGCUAUACGCGGGCCGCCGAGACACGCACUGCUCAUUUGGCUUGAUGAGGCAUGCGCGGCGGUUGAGGUCGAGUCUCUGAUGGUCACAUCCGCCUCACGGGCCCUUAAGGGACGGGUGGAGCGCUGCAUCAAGAUGGCGUUGCAAGCGACGAUGCCGUUGGCUGACGCUUUCUCACUCGAGGCUCCCCUCCAGACCAACAUCUUUGCUCUGCCACCCUCGCAAGUGAAGCAAGGAUAGCGAAGGGGAACAAAUGAACCGCGCCGAAUGAUUUAAGGGAGCAGACACUGUAGCUUAUUACAUUAAUUGCAUUGUG